AUGCCCAAUCUUGCCUCUUCUCUGAUCGAAGGAUUCAAGGGCCGCCGCUCCAUCUACGCCCUGACCAAUGAAUCCACAAUCUCCGAUGCCAGAAUCGAAGAGCUUCUUUCCGAAGUCGCAAUCAACACACCUAGUGCCUUUAACAGUCAAACUGCUCGGAUAGUUGUGCUACUGAAAGAAGACCACGAGAAAUUAUGGGACAUGGCUCACGACAUCGCCAAAGCUACAUUCCCUACUGAACUAUUUGAGAAGCUUUACGCGCCUCGUACUGCUAUGUUCCGAGCCGCAUAUGGCACAGUGUUGUUCUAUGAAGAUCCUGCGCCUCUGCAGUCCCUCAAAGAGAAGUGGCCAAUGCUCGAGAACCAACUCCCUGACUGGUCUAACCAUUCUAGCGGAAUGCAUCAAUAUGCCGCUUGGACACUCCUAGAGGCCGAGGGACUCGGAUGUAGUCUCCAGCACUACAGUCCACUGAUUGAUGCCGGUGUCUCAGAGAAGUGGAAUGUCCCAAAGGAAUGGAGCCUCAAGGCACAGUUGGUAUUCGGCAAGCCGACUGGGCCUCCUAAGGAAAAGACAUCCGAGCCUCUCAGUACACGGUUAUUCGUUCAUGGAAAGUAA